AUGUUUUCGUUAUCAAAUCUUGAAAUUUUUGUAAAAAAUAAUCUUAAAAUUUAUUACAACAAUAACUUAAAUUUGCAUGGUUAUCAACAAUAUCAUAUCUUAAGGGACAGUGUUUACUCAGGCAGAGAAUAUAUGAAAACAGUUAUUAAAGGAGAAUUGUCAAUUGAUGAUCAAGAAUGGAAUGAUAUGUUAAUAUAA